AUGGAGCCAUCUCUUUCUACCGCCAAAAUUGAAAGAAAUUUUGGGUACUUAGCUGAGCGUGAAGUUUUGGCGGACCCAACUGAAAUCCAUAGGAGUCAUACCCUCCAUCUUGCCCCGGAUGCCGACGUAGUCGACUCGAAGUAUCCUCAAACUUCCAAGCCAAUAAGAUCGCUAGCUACGGAAAGCUAUGAGCAGCAGAAACAUGUAUGCAGGAUGAGAGGUGUGUCUGCGUUUCAGUUUGAUCCGGGCGGGAGCGAACUCGAUUUCGUUGCUUCAUCCAUGACCACACCACCAUCAUCGAUCGUCUCGGUCAGCACACCUAGCGUGGACAAGAAACAAGAGAAAAACUCUUUACAAUGGGAUGAGAGUCCUCCUGUGCAAGUUUUGAUCACGAGGGUUUUGAAGAAGGAAUAA